CUCUCUCUCUCUCUCUCUCUCUCUCUCUCUCUCUCUCUCUCUCUCUCUCUGGAGUCUCUUUUCUCUGCAGAAGAGAAGACCCUUUGUUUAUCUUUCUUUCAUCGACGCUGACGAAUCCUCUCCACGAAAAUGACGAUCAAAACAGCUCUUUUGCUAUCGACCCUUUCACUUGUUCUUGUUCUCGUGUCCUGUCUUGGUGUUCAUGGAGUCCGUGACAAGAAGAUCCUCGAGCUACAUAAUAUCCACUAUCCAAAUGAUGUUCCAGGUUCAUGUUUCUCUCACAAUCUGGGAAAAAGGGGAGAUUCAACAACGUUAGAGAUGAAACAUCGAGGAAUUUGCUCGAGGAAGACCAUUGAUUGGAGCAAGAAGCUGAUGAAAGCAUUGGUUCUUGACGACCACCGAGUCCGAUCACUUCAACUCAGAAUAAAAGCCAUCAGCUCUGGAUCUGUAGAAGCUGUUUCAGAGACUCGGAUUCCAUUGACCUCCGGGACGAAACUCGAAACCUUGAAUUACAUCGUCACUGUUGAAUUCGGUGGCAAGAACAUGACCUUGAUUGUGGACACUGGAAGUGACUUGACAUGGGUCCAAUGCCAACCCUGCAAAUCAUGUUACAACCAGCAAGGUCCCAUGUACGACCCUUCUGUCUCGCAUUCUUACCAGACCGUUUUCUGCAAUUCAUCGACUUGUCAGUCUCUUCUAGAGGCUACUGGCUAUUCAGGUGUCUGUGGAAGUAACAGCGUUAGUGAACCGACCUGUAAUUACAUUGUUAGCUAUGGAGAUGGAUCUUACACUCGAGGGGACUUGGGAAGUGAAAGUAUCCAACUGGGCGACACGAAAGUCCAAAACUUUGUCUUUGGCUGCGGCCGAAACAACAAGGGUCUGUUCGGAGGAGCUUCUGGUCUGAUGGGUCUGGGGAAAAGCUCGGUUUCUCUGGUUUCUCAGAUGAGUGAAGCUUUCAAUGGAGCUUUCUCUUACUGCUUACCAACUUUAGAGAAUGGAGCUUCUGGUGCAUUGUCUUUUGGCGAUGAUUACUCUGUUUACAAGAACUCAACUCCAUUUUCGUACACUCCUCUCGUACAAAACCCUCAGCUUCAUUCGUUUUACGUCCUGAAUCUCACUGGUGCAAGCAUCGGAGGUGUGCCACUGGAGGCUUCGAGUUUUGGUCGGGAGAUUCUGAUAGAUUCGGGAACCGUUAUCACGAGACUUCCUCCAUCCAUUUACAAGGCUCUGAAAGCCGAGUUCCUGAAACAGUUUUCCGGGUUUCCUUCGGCUGCUGGCUAUUCAAUCUUAGACACUUGCUUUGACCUGAGCAGUUACCAAGAAGUAAGCAUUCCUACUGUCAAAAUGUUCUUCCAAGGCAAUGCUGAGCUCGAAGUGGAUGUUACCGGUGUUUUCUACUUUGUGAAACCUGACGCGACUCUUGUCUGCUUGGCCUUUGCAAGCCUGUCAUACGAAGAUGAGAUCGGGAUCAUUGCCAAUUAUCAGCAGAAAAACCAGAGAGUGAUAUAUGAUACUAAACAAGAAAGGCUUGGAAUCGCAAGAGAGACCUGCAGUUUCUGAUCUUUCCUGACCCUGAAUAUCGUUUCUGUGUGAUCCUGCUUAUCAUUAAAGCCAAUUUUUCUCUGUUGGCUAUAUAUGCCAUUGAAGUAUCCUAGUACACGUAUAUGUAUGUAUAUCGGUAUAGCACAAGUAGCUUCUGUUCUUCAAAGUUGUUCCAACAUUUAUACAGAGCAUGCAGAAGCUUUUCCAUGAUUUCAAGAAACCUUUUUUUUUA